GUGAAUGUAAAAAGUGUAUUAUAAUGGAUAAAGGUUUACAAUGUUUGAGAAAAUUUAGUUCAGCUGCUUCUUCAACAGUUGAACUGCCCAAAUGUAAUUUUACUCCUAAGGAUUAUAAGGGGCUUUCAAUAGAAAAAUUAACAGAUAUUAGAAGAAAAAAUUUAAACCCUGUUUUAACCACAUAUUAUAGCAAACCUCUAGCGCUAUAUCAAGGUCAUAAGCAAUGGCUCUUUGAUAUCUAUGGGAAUAGAUAUUUGGACAUGUUUGGUGGAAUUUGUACAGUUUCUGUAGGGCAUUGUCAUCCGAGGAUUACAGAAGCUGUUACCGAACAAAUGAAAACUUUAGGACAUGUUUCCAACAUAUAUUAUCAUCCAAAAAUCCAUGAAUACUCAAAGAGAUUAGCAGAAACCCUACCUGGUAAUUUGAAGUGCGUUUACUUCGUAAACAGUGGAUCAGAAGCGAACGAUUUGGCUCUGUUAAUGGCUAGAGCUUACACGGGGAAGUUCGAUGUGUUUUCUUUAAAUAACUGCUACCACGGAAUGACUUAUGAAGUUAUGGGACUGACGUCGAAUAAUUAUUACAAGUACCCAGUCCCUGGUGGUGCGGGAUUUUCUAAGACAAUGGUCCCAGAUGUAUAUAGUGGCAUAUGGGGUGGAAAUAAAUGUAGAGACAGUCCUGUACAGACCGACAGAACUUGUGCCUGUACGGAAGAAUGUGAAGCUGGUUUGAGAUAUGUGGAACAGUUUCAGCGCAAACUAGAUUGCGACAUUCCCAAAAACCAUAUAGCAGCAUUUUGGGCUGAAUCCAUACAAGGGGUCGGCGGUACUGUUCAGUAUCCGAGAAAUUAUAUUAAGAGAGUGUAUGUUAAAGUCAAGAGACAAGGCGGACUUUUCGUCUCAGAUGAGGUUCAAACAGGUUUUGGAAGGACCGGUGAACAUUUUUGGGGAUUCGAGAUGCAUGGAAUUUUACCGGAUAUCGUUACAAUGGCGAAAGGUAUCGGUAACGGGUUUCCUUUGGCAGCAGUAGUAACUACACCUGACAUUGCAAAUAGUUUAACGAAGGCUGCUCAUUUUAAUACAUAUGGAGGAAACUCGAUUGCUUGUGCUGUGGGUCUUACGGUAUUAGAUAUAAUCGAAGAUGAAAAACUGCAGGAAAAUAGUAAAGAAGUCGGUACUUACCUCCUACUAAAGCUGGCUGAACUAAAAUCUCAAUACCCUGUUUUUGGUGACGUGCGCGGUAAAGGACUAAUGAUUGGUGUUGAAUUAGUUUCCGAUUCGAAAACCAGAGAACCGUUAGAUCCAAAGACAUUUAUGAGAUUUUGGGAGUACUGUAGAGAUCAGGGUCUUAUUAUUGGAAAAGGAGGUUUAUAUGGAAAUGUUUUAAGAAUUAAACCACCAAUGUGUGUUACUAAAGAGGAUGCUGAUUUUACAAUUAAUGUUUUACAAAAUGCUGCCCAAUAUAUAUCUUAAUUUAUUGUACUGGACUAGGCAAUUAAUAUAUUAAAUUUGUAUAGUUUUGUUAUAAGUUGAGGGUAAUUAUUUCAAACGUUUAUAAUCUACUUUUUAUCUGAAAAUAAAAUAUACCUAACGGUAUCUCAGGGGUGUGUGGUGUAGAAAUUUUAUUUGCAAUAAUAAAAUUUCCCAUAUUUCUGUUAAAUCAUGAAAUUUGACAACAGGACACUAAAAAAAAAAUUCAUUUUGAACAAAUUGUUGUAUUUAGAUAUUUUAUUGAAAUAUGUCAAACUUAAUAUACAUUCCUAUAUUUUAGUGUCAAUAUUCUUUAGUUGUAAGACAGUUCAUGCAAGUAGCUGAACACACUGUACGAAAAUGGGAAGAAGGAGCCCCUUCAGCAGUGCUACUUUUAGGAAUGCACGUUUCCAUGAUCAUGGCCAAAGGCCUUUCUUGUCAUGUUUCUCUUGUUCUAUUUAUUUAAGAAAAAUAAACUAUAAAUACGA